AGUUCCUGUUUUCACCUCAUUUAUUAUGCUGAUGUCUUCAGAUCUGCUGUAAAUUGACACUUAAAGCUCAUUUCAUUGCUGUCAACAGAGUGAGGGGAUUUGUGGACCUCAAAUAUGAACAAUUAUUUUUGUCUUUAUGUGUAGAACUGUUUUCCUUACCAUUAUCCAUAUUUGGAAUAAUUUUGUUACAUUAUAUUCUGUUAUCAUUUAUAUAUAUAAAAACAAACCCAGUAACUGAUAUUUUUAUUUUGGAAGAUCAGUUCCUCCCACACUGAGAUUCAUCAUCAGUGAAGCUCCUCCCACAGCAGUCACAUCAUCAGUGAAGCUCCUCCCACUGGAAUGCAUCAAUAAAUGCUGGAAUAUUCCCAUCAAUGAGCAUCAGAAAGAGCUGAAACCAGUAAAGACUGAGUUUAUUGAAGAGGACAGUGAGAACAUGAGUGAUCCAGAACCCUGCAGAAUGAAACACACUGAAGAUACUGAAGAACAAAGAGAGCUGAUGGAAGAAAGCGAGGAGAGUGAAGAACUGAGUGAAGUGGAGGAGAAACAUCAUGACAAACCUGAAGAAAAACCUUUGAGUCACUCAAAGACUAAAAAUUCUUUUUUAAAGAAAAGAGACAAGAAAUCUACAACCUGCACUCAGUGUGGAAAGAGUUUCUCAACCAAACAAAGUCUUGAUGUUCACAUGAGAGUUCAUACAGGAGAGAAGCCGUUCACAUGUGAUCAGUGUGGGAAAAGUUUCUCAACCAAACAAUAUCUUGAGAUUCACAUGAGAGUUCAUACAGGAGAGAAGCCGUUCACAUGUGAUCAGUGCGGGAAGAGAUUCACACAAAAAGGACAUCUUAAGGAACACAUGAGGAUCCACACUGGAGAGAAGCCGUUCACAUGUGAUCAAUGUGGGAAGAGUUUUACAAGGGCAUCAAACCUGAAGUCACACCAGAGAGUUCAUACAAAGGAGAAGCCACAUUCAUGUUCUGUGUGUGGAAAGAGUUUUUCACAGCUGUGUAAUUUACAAGAACAUGAGAAAACACACACUGGUGUGAGAGAGUACAUGUGCUUUGAGUGUGAGAAGACUUUUAUUUCGGCAAACAGUUUAAAACAGCACCAGAGAAUUCACAAUGGAGAAAAACCUUACAAGUGUUCACACUGUGACAAGAGAUUCAGUCAGUCGUCACAUCUGAAAACACAUGAGAGGAUCCACACUGGAGAAAAACCUUACAAGUGUUCACACUGUGACAAGAGGUUAAAUCAGGCAUCACAUCUGAAAACACAUCAGAGAAUUCACACUGGAGAAAAACCUUACAAGUGUUCACAGUGUGACAUGAGAUUCAGUUAUUCAUCAUAUCUGAAAACACAUGAGAGGAUCCACACUGGAGAGAAGCGGCACACAAACAUGUGAUCAGUGUGGAAAGAGUUUCUCUUCUAAAAAUCAACUGAAGAUACACAUGAAGAUCCACGCAGUGGAGAAACCACAUCACCACAGUCUGAAACCACAAUAAGUAGUUCAUCUUUAUGUGCUGAGAAACAAAGUAGUUUCCUUACAGCCACAAUAAGCGGCAGGACAGUUUGGUGGUUGCUUAGUGUCUGCUUGGAAAAUCUGAAUCUUCUCCUGAAACUACAACAGAACGAUCAAAUCACUGUUAAGGGAAAAAUCCAUACAGUCU